CUUGAACGGAUCAUGACUGUUUAUAAAUGAGCUCAGAAAAUUUGCUCGAGUAAAGCAUGAUACUUUAUAAAGAAUUUGACAGCAAGGAGUAUGUGAACGAAAUGCGGAGGACACCGGUUUGAUAGACCCCGACAAACCGAACAACUGCUCGAAUAAGCAAGCAACUCCGGUCUGUGUUUUCGAACUUUCAAUGAAUCCCUACAUGAUCAAUGGCUCAUCAACAGCACAACCGUCGCCUCAACAACAGAUAAUUGGUGCUGCAACGACCCAUGUCACCGAAGCCGAUCAAACAAGCGCUGACAUUCCUCGAGCCAAACGUAGCCGAGCCAAACGUAGCUGCGAUUUAUGUCGAAAACGAAAAACUCGGUGUAAUGCGGACGUCGUUCAACCAUGUAAUACGUGCCAAAGCGCCGGGGUCCAAUGCGAGUUUCUCGUGGAACAAAAGAAACGAGGCCCCAACGCUCGCAACUAUGUCGGUACAUUGGAAAGCCGGUUAAAACGGCUUGAAGGGUUAUUGCAAAAGGCACAAAGUUCGGAGCCCCAUACGGAAACUGUACAGGGAUUAGCUUCUACUACUAAUGGCGCUACCGCAACUGAUAAAGCAUUACCACAAGAGCAGCCGCAACAACCACAGCAACAGCAACAGCCUACACAGCACGAUAGUUCAUCAGGCAGCAGAAGUUCGAGUAACUCACCACCACCAGUUGGCGAAGACUUUAUGGCAGAUUGCAUCGAUGAAAACCGUUUAAGCAACAGUCAAAUUUCAACCACAUCAGCAGGAACAGGAGCAGCGCCUUCACUCAACCAUGUUUGCAAAUCGCUAGAUGCAGCAGAAGGGCCUACGAUAAAGCACACAUGCGGCGAGCUUUUGUCUGUAGAUCCGUCUUUAGAGCUUGUGGAGCAUUUAAACCAAUUACAGCUGAGCGAUUAUGAACGGACACGAUACAUCGGUGGGAGCGCAGGAUACCAUAUGAUAGACCAACAUCUGUUCAAAAAGAAUUGGCGACAUCGCAUCCGAUCACAUCCAAACUGGGUUGUACAAAAAGUGAACGACGAUGACACGGAACAUGUAAUUAUUAAAGCCGAAGAAAUGCGACACAUGCCAACGAUGAUGGCUGGAAAACACGCUCUGUUACGAUUCAGUUAUUUACAGGAUAUACCAUCGAUCACCCCUGAAUUGGUCGAUUGCAUGAUCCAUGCGUUUUUCAAUCAUAUCCAUCCACAUUGUCCAAUUCUCAACAAGGUGUCGUUUCUGGAACAGUACUAUUUCCAAAAUCCACACGAGCCCGAUGAAUAUCUUCUUUACGCAAUAUGUGCUGUAGCCACGCAAUUUCUAUCCAUGGAAGACGAUCUCGUAACUGGAACGACGGUAAGCCGCGAAACUGUCGUAUCAGUUCGAAAUAAUUUACGAGAAAGAGCAAACAAGAUCCUUGAAGUGGUGUACAAACGAUCCCAAAUAUCAACAGUGCAAACGCUUAUUCUGCUUUCGAUGUUUGUGUCGAUGGCUCAAGAUGACGACGAUGAUUCUGUUCACUGGUUUAUUACUGGCACAGCUAUUCGUAUGGCACAAGAUCUUGGGUUACAUCGUAGCUCCACACGGUGGCUAUUACCAGAACACGAAAUCGAAUUACGACGUCGAAUAUGGUACGCAGUUUACGUCAUGGACAAGUGGAUUGCAGCAGAGCUUGGAAGGCCAGUUGCGAUAUUGGACGAAGAGUUCGAUGUAGAACUCCCCUCGGUAUACGAGAUUACAUCGAUCUAUCACUCCGAAUUAAGAGAUGCCCAGUUACGACACAUGAAGCCCGCUCUUUUACUUGAUGCCGAGACUGCUUUAAAGGAGAAACGACCCGUUUAUGCAGCAUUUUUGCACAUGAUAUCGCUGGCACGAACACUUGGUCAAGUACUAGUAUCACUGUAUUCGCCAAAAAUGCAGUAUGCUGCACGACGUAACAUUUACCUUGUUGACACGCUCAAUAUGGCACUCACGAGGUGGAAAAUGUCCGUCCCACCCGAUCUUCAGUGCGAGGAUAACAAACCCGAUAAGGCAUUUCCCAAUGGAGGGAUGAUGCAUAUCUUCUACAACUGCGUUGUAUUACUUCUCCAUCGUCCAUUUAUUAUGGAUCAAGAUUCGGCGAAUAUUAAUCACGCACUACAGUCACUAAGUACAUGCACCGCAGCAGCAAUCAACAUCAUUGACACUGUAGAGGCAUUGGAGAAUAUGGGUGUCAUCUGUAUGCCUUGGUGUAUGGUUGGAUAUGCGACUUUCCAAGCUGCCAUCGUCUUCCUUUUCAAUGCUAGGAGCGAUAAUGCAUUUAUUCGUCGGCAAGGUGCCAAAAACUUGAUGCGUUGUGCAUGGGCAUACAAAAAGGACGAGUGUAUGAGCAGGAGCCGAACUUCUAAUGUACUCUGUCAGCUUGCUCGGCGAUUCUGCGUACCUAUCGUUGCAGAAGAAACAGAAUUAACAGCGAAUGAGUUGUGUAAUGAUUACAGCUCUGGCAUUGAUCGCUCAAGGAAACGUGAUUAUGAGGGAGACAGCGUUACAUCUCGACGUUCAAGUUCUGAUAAGCAACCAAGAACAGCACUGGGAUUUGGAAACACGAGCGAAGAGGCUAUAUACUACACCUCGCUUCCACGGGAGAUGGGAUUUUCUACCAACAGCACCUCUGCAUCAUCAGAAAAUCUCGAAAACAGCGAUGCUUCAAUACCAAAGAAUAGCAGUAGCUCACGAUUGCCACUACAUGACCAUUCUUGUUGCACUCCAGCAAACACGGCGAAUACUAUUAUGGACAUGUUUUACCCGACUGAGGAAGGCAGUGCAAAGAAUGGUUCAGCGACGUCAGCACAAUCGCAACAGCAACCGGGAACAGAGCCUUUGUCGUCGACGACAGCAACGACUGCUGCGCCUAACCACGACAGUUGUAGCUAUACUGCUAACGAAUCGUUCUCGCAGCAGCCAGAAGGAACACCCCCUCAACAGCCACAGCCCGUUGAUAGUGAACAACGGCAACAGCAGUUAUCUAAUAAUAUGCCCUCAGCUGUGGGUAAUAUACAACAAGAUAUAGAUUCUUUGCUUAUGGGUCAUUCACAGCAACAACCUCAUCAGCACCAAAAUGGCAGCACAGAUACAAGUUUUCCAUUUGAGGCACCAUCAAGUUCGAUAUUAAAUCAACCGAUUGGCUCACAGUUUGACCUUGCUAGUCUAGCGUCAGAUGUUCCAAUGUGGAACUUGCCUAGUGGUGUCACUUGGAGCGAAUGGGACUCACUGUUGAACGAUGCGAAUGCAGAACAAGUUCAUCACCACCACGAUCAACAGCAACAACAGCGAUAAAAUAAUAAUAGAAAGGA